CAUCAGUGUAAACAUGGCGCCUCGCAACGUUUUCCACGUGUAGUCCUGCGCUGUGAUGCUGUCUGCUAUCCCUGGCUUACCCGGCUUUCUUGAUUGUGCCUUCAGACGUGAAAAGUGCAAGUGUUUUGGUUGGACAGCUACGUGCAACACCUAGACAACGCCCUCAGUCCAGAAGCCGCGAUGAAGAAACGUCUCUUCGUGGGAAACCUCGGUUCCUCCGUGACUGACAGUGACCUGAAGGAGAAAUUCGCGAGGUUCGGCGAUGUCGAAAACGUCGAGCUGCAUACGAAAAAGGACGAGUCGGGAAAGCCUUUCAAGACUUUCGCUUACCUCGACUUGAACAUCGAUCAAGAAAAGCUCGUAAACUGUAUUAAAACUUACAACAAUGCCAAAUGGAAAGGCAGUGCCAUCGUUGUGCAAGUAGCGAAGGAAAGCUACAUCCAAAGGAUACAGCGUGAAGCGAAGGCUCGUGCUGCUCAGGAUGCAAGUAGUGGCCCACCUGAUGCCGCGGAGCCAGCUCCUCCCGGGAGGCCCAUACAGAUCAAGGUCGAGAAGCCCAGUUGGACGGAGAAAUCCGCAGGUUUCAAGGCAGAGAAGUCCGACUGGUCAGACAACACGUCAGCACACAUUAGAAAGGAAAGGCAAAACCGGUCUGAUGGAGAAUCGUGGCAAGUCAACAGGGCUUCUCGUGGACCCUCAAUGGAACAAAAGACACCCACAGGCGAGUUUGCCAACGAGAAAGCAUUCCUCUUUGACGAUGACGAGCAGCAGCCAAGCAGCGGCAAGCCCACGCCCCAUUGUCAAGCAGACGUGGCCCUCUUACGUCAUGCCUGGGGUUACCGCCUGGGUACCGGCUUAGACAAAGCAUACGGCGGUGGUGACGACAACGAUGAUUUUGAGGUGGUUCCCAGCAGAGAUCCCGAGCAAGAGCGAGAAGCGAAGCGACAGGCAGCUAAUGCCAAGCGGCUGGCAUCACUCAAGCAGCGCUUCGCUGAGAGCCACACACAGCGACGUCUGCUCCAGUCAGCACUAACAUCUGUGGACAGCUCGGACCGCAAACGGCGCAUCGUCUUUGAGGACAGCGAUGAAGACGAAGAGGGCUUCACAGCACCAGCGCCCUCUGUUAAGACCCCUGCGGAAGAGCGCAAGCUGACUCUCUUCGAUGAUGACGAUGAGCAAGAGGGAGAGGAGGAGGGAAGUCAUGACAUUGACUUCAGGCUUCGGCCACAGUUUGAGGGCCACAAAGGCCACAAGGUACUGGAACUGCAGUCCAGGUUUGGCACUGACGAGCGGUUCCGCAUGAGUGAGCGUUUCCUGGAGAGUGAUGACGAAGAGUCUGACAGUGCCAAAGGUGACCGAGCCGCUGUGGACGAUGAUUCGCUGGACCCUGAUAAAGAGCGUGUGCGCAACCUCGACAUUCUCCAGGACGUCUUAGGGCCAGAAGCAACCAAGAGCCGGCCCAAGGCCAUCUUCAAGGAUGCAACGCAGCUGCGCUUUGACCCGGCCAAGGAGAGUGCUGCCAAGUUUGAGAUCAAGCCCGAGUCGAAGGCGUCAAAGAAGAGGAAGAAGGCACAGGCAGAGGAGGAAAGUGCCCCGGCAGUGCCACACGUGUCGGGUGAACAGUUCUACGAGGUGACCACCGACUUGCAGGAUGCUCUGAAGAACCGAACGUCGGGGUUCAGUCUUUCCCAGAUGUUUGCUGGGCAGCUACAAGAUGACGACUUACAAGAAGAGCCGUUUGACAGCAGCAGUGAAAGUGAGGCCUCAGAUGAUGAGCAGGCCAAGUAUCGCAGCCGUGUUCAGGAGGUGAAAGGCAAGAAGGCUGGCCUCCAGGAACACUUUCGCACCGAUCCUGGCACCGGCGAGGAUGAAGAUGUCCUCCCAUCAGCAGUAGCUGGCGAGACAGGCGAUGAUGAGGGUCCCAUGAGCGACGUGUUCCGGAGGAUGGACGACCACCGUUUUGCGACUGUUGUGGACCGGCCCCUGUUUUUCUUUGUUCCCGGUGAUCGCCGCCUCCUUGAGGGAGCCAAGUUCUUUCGGUGCCAAAGUGAUCCAGAGACUAUCAGGAACAACUUUUUCGAUAACAAGGUUGGCCUUGUCAAGCUUUUGCUGUCCAAGCGCAAGAUGGCCAAGAGGGCGCUUGAACGAAAACUUGGCAAGAAAGUUGGCAGCCAGCAAUGGAGGCUGGGCAAACUACGAAAGAAGUAACAAAGAAUAAAGGAUGCCAGCUGA